ACUCAACGUCGUCUCAUUUAAGUUGAAGGAAUAAAACUCUGAUUUUUUUUCAAUUUCGCGGUAAAGAUCGAUUGUUUGAAAAAAAAAUGACCUAUCUGAGCGGCAAAGUGGCGAUCGUGACUGGCGCGGCUAGAGGAAUUGGUUUCGUGACUGUCCAGCAUCUACUGAGGAAUGGCGUUUCAUACGUGGCCAUAUUUGACGUGCAAAAGCCAAGUAGCGAAACAGUGGUUAACGCAUUGCUAGCCUUGGAAAAAGAAUUUGGCAAACAAAAAUUUGGAUAUUACAAUUGUGAUGUGACCGACAACCAAAGUUUCAUUGCCAAUUACGAAGAAGUGAGCAAAAUGAAGAAUUACGUGGAUAUUCUAGUCAACAAUGCUGGGGUUUGCAACGAGAACAAACCAGAUUUGACCAUAUCGACAAAUUUCACGGCAAUGGUCAAGUGCACAAUGAUCGCCGUCGAGCGCAUGGGUAAGCACAAAGGCCACAGAGGAGGUAGCGUCGUAAACAUGGGUUCCAUCUACAGCUUGACGGACAACCCCCUGAUCCCAGUGUACAGCGCCACGAAGCACGCCGUCGUAUCUUUCGUCAGGUCAAUGAAGUACCACAACGCAACAGUGGGGAUGCGCAUAAUGUGCAUGUGUCCAGGGUUCACGAGAACGAGCAUGUCCACCGAUCUCGUCCCGGAGGAGGUGUUGUUUGAUUUCGUGGCCGAUUCAAACUUGCCCGACGCGCACAGGAAAAAGUACAUGCAGAGCCCCGACACAGUGGGUUCGGCUAUCGUCGAAAUGCUGGAAAAGGGCAAAGAGGGCGAGGUGUGGCUCACCCAAAACGACGAGUCGCCAAUCGUCGUCUAAGAUCUAAAAAAAAAAAAAAAUAGCUCAACCUCCUCCUCCUCCUUUCUUCGUGGGACCAGCUGUAUACGAUGCGACGAAGGUUACGACUAACACCUAUAUACUUGUGGGAGCCUCGUCCAUUACCUGGCGAAACUCCAAGUUGCUUGAAACGCGAUAGUUUACACAUACAUGUAUAUGUGUACAAACAAGCAUAUUGUGUAAUACACAAUGGGCAGGUGGUCGGGUAUAGGAGGUUGCUUGCCCGAGCGAUAAGCCGCUUGUGUACACGUCGAGGUGUCGAAGGAGCUGGGCGCUCGAGGUGUGGGCCUCUCGCUCGCGACUCCCGGGGGUUUUCAUGACGAUUUUGAUGAUUUAUUAGCAAGGCCCGGGAGAGUUGUUUGCUUUCCUCGGAGGAGUCGUUUGCUACGCCUUUGUUUGAUACACAUUGUACAAGAAUUUUUUUAAAUACCGAUUGGCGCGUAAUGUCAACUGAGCGCACAUUUUUCGAAGUGAUGAAACGACGGAAGUAUAUGUAAAAGUCGAUCUAGAGAGUAUAGGGAGCGUCGUGGCGGAACGAAGCGAGGGCCCGGGCGAUCGUAUCAAGUGCACUCGUUUCUUUGGUACCACCGCAGUUAUCGCGCUUCAGCGCCAACAACAUCAGCCACCAAACAUCGGGGAUCCUCGAAAGCGUGUAGGUGUCGCACAUAAUAGAGGUGGAUGAGCCGAGGAGCAAAGUUAAUAGCCAUCGACAAUGAAAAUACGGUUGGGGCUGAAACCAAAGUAAGGGAUGGUCGGUGGUGGUGGAGACAAGGGGGAGGAAGGAUUGCCAGCGAAUCCGAUCCUUUUUGCCCACAGCAUCAGCCCCUCUUCGACGGAGGACGAGGGUGUUGGGGAUCUUUUUUUUUUUUUUUUUUCCUUUUUCAUGCUUCAUAACGUUAACUUUUUUUUGCUCACCACUAUCUCACAAGACACAACAAUUUGUAACUUUCAAACGGUUUUAUAUGUAUUAUACUUAACCAUAUUGUACCGUAAAUUUACCUAUACGCUUGCCAAAAGUAUACGAAAUAAAGUGACACAUUUACACCUA